ACGUGUCGUACAUGAAGCGGGUGAUCAACGAAGUUUUGCCCACACUUUGGUCGCCCAAAAAGACGAUCUUGUACUUCUUCAUGAUGUUGGUGCUUUCAGACCCAUUUUUGGAGGCACUCAUGUUGUCUGCGGUUGGGGAUGGGGAGUUUGGCUGUUUCGACAGUGUCUGUUAAAGGCUGAUUUCUGGUCAAAUUCUCCGUUUUCUGUGCGGAUUUUGGGACGGGGGGUAUGAGAGAUCCGGGGAAUUAAGCCAGUGGACCGCGUGAUUCGAGCUUUCGGUGCUUGAUGCUGGAUUCGUGACGGUUAGAUAGAACAGGUUUCCUCACCGGUUGGUUCGAGGAUCGGUAUGUGGUCACGCGCAUCGCACGUGACACUCUCUCACACGACCCAAAAUUGCCAAAACCUCCUACACCAGUGCUGAAUCAGUAAUACCGUGCCAUGGACGACGCCGAAUUAAACGCCAUCAGGUCUGCCAGACUUGCCGAGCUCCAGAAAAACGCCGGAGGCUCUUCUUCCCCAGCUGGAGCAUCCCCACAAGCGGCAAAAGCCGAUGAAGCAAAGCUCUCCAUGCUCUCCAGACUCUUGGAGCCAAGUGCCAGAGAACGUCUUAGCCGUGUUAGAAUAGUGCGUCCAGAUCGUGCCGAGCAGGUGGAGAAGUACAUUGUCCAGCUUUACUCGAUGGGCCAGAUUUCGUCCAAGCUUAAUGAGCAAGACGUGGUGCAGAUAUUGGACGGAUUAUCCAGAGACGAGAAGAAGCAAAACACAUCCAAGAUUGUGUACAACCGAAAGCUGACGUUCGAGGAUGACGACGACGACGAUUUCUUUGAUUAGUGGGUGUAUAUAGAGUCGUUCUGACUAAUCAAUAACUAAUGGAGAAGA